AUGUCAGGGGGCGUCCGCAAGUUUUCCGAGAAAGAGAUCUUGGACGCGUUUGGCUCGGCUGAGGAAGUGCCAUUUCCCAUGGCUGCUCUCGAGGAAUUGCUGCCUGAGGUCUGCGGGCAUUGCAAGCUGGUGGCAGACACCUUGAGCGUGCCCCUUUCUUGGGUUCUGCUCACCGAAGUCUGUGCUGCAGCCUUCUUGGCCCCGACCUCCGUGCUCAUGCCUACUAAAACCAUGCCGCUAUAUGCGAUGCCGUGGGCCUUCAUUCUGCAUCCUGGUGCGACCCAGACCAGUGGAUUGAUGUCGACCUAUAGUCGCACCUUCCGCCAACUUGAACUGUGGGAAACCGAUUUCCAAGUGCGAUUGGCAAAGGAGCAACCCCGGCAGAAUGAACAGGUGCAGGAGGGGCAAGAUGCAGGUGAACCUGUCCAAAAACGCGCGCGCUCCACUGCCCCCGCUGCUAUGCACAUGGGGUUUACGUCAGGGAGCCUUGAUGGCAUUGUCGGCCGCAUGGCCGAACCACAGAACAUAAGCCGUGCAGCGGCAUUCUUGGCCGAAGGCCUUAUCUUUUUGAGCUGGAUUUCUGAUCUUUGCUCCUCUCACAAAGGGUUGCUCACACAGCUCACCGAUCGACUCCUCUGGGACAAAGUCACGGUCAAGGACCGCACGACCGUCAUGGUCGACGCCCCCUUCUUGGGCAUUUGUGCUGCAGUGCAUAUGGAAGAACUGAUGUCGGCCAUUGGCGUUGAAGACCCCCUGGGGUUAAGGGAGCGGUUGCUGAUCAUCUACGAGCGUCCUCGCUUUGUCCGCUCGUCGGAACUGCAAGAAGCAUGCUCCCGCAUCCCUGCCCAAUCCCUUCACGCGCAUCUUGCAACUCACUUUUGGGCCCUUCAUUGUGUGCAUCAUCCACAGCACCCCCCCAAGUCCCGCUUCGUCGCGGAUCUCAAUUACCACUGGUUGAAAUACAGCUGGCAAGAAGAUGCGGCGAAACUGUUUUGGGACAACUUCGAUGACAGGGCCGGAGAACAGGAGGCCGCCUACCGCCUCGACCAGCAAGCGGCCAAAAGAGCUGGCAAGUGGAAAACUCGCCAUUUCCGCUUGGCUUUGCCUUUUCACAACUUAGCACAGGCUUGCGCGAGGACCAGUAUAGAGGACUGGAACACUGAGGUGUCCUACAAGGCUGCCAAGGCGAGCCUCAUCUUCAGCACCUGGAUGGAUGACGUCUUUCAACGCCUCGACUUGCUGCGCGCUGCGCCUUUGCCACCUCCAGGCCCCGCAGCCGCCGCAGCCCCAUCACCACGCGAAGACCUUCGAACUCUGCUGGCUUCCGCUUCCCUUGGCGCUGUCCUGAGCAACCAAGUGAAUUUGCCCCAUCUUCGCAUUUUCAUGCUGGCUGUCCUAGCGUCCGAGAAAAGGCCACUCUUGCGAAAUCACGACGUCUUGCACCUGAAGCCCGUUUUAGCCUUGAAUCUGCAGGCUGCUGCAGGGAUAUACCACAGCAACCGCGCUCUGAAAGCAUUGAGCCUGCUCGGGUUUGGUGUGGUCACUUUAAGCACCAACACAUCGGGCACAAAGGUCCUGUGGUUCACGAAAAUCCCUUCGGAGGACUAUGCCAGUCCUGCCCUGCAGCGCAGUCGGCAUACCUUUCCUUUGCAGCAUUUUUGGCUCUGUCGCGCCCGUUAUCGUUCUAGCGCGUCGGCUGACCCUCAGCAGGCGCGGCGCUGCUUCGUGCAUGUCUGCCUGUCGAUCGUCCAUCCCUCUUGCCCAUCCGACCGACGAACCCCCUAUGCCGCUACACCACCAACGAAACCGACCCGCCAUGCCUCCGUCCCCCCAACCACACACACACACAACCGCACCCACAACCACAACCACAAGAGAAUCAACUGCAACAACAACACCCGCAACAACAAGAAGAACCCCUUCCGCCCUCACUUGCCUGGCCGCUCCGCCGCCCUGCCUCCGGAUCCUUCUCCUUUGCAGAGAACACCUCCCCCCUUCCAAAAGAUUCCCCCCCCCUCCAAACAAGAUCCCUUCCCCACUUCGGCAAGAAACCCCUCCCCCUUCGGAGAAGACCCCCCUCUUCCUAAGCAGACUCUCCCCCCCCCCUUCGAGAAGACCCCCCCCCCCUUCCUAAUAAGACCCCCCCCCCUUCAGAGAAGACCCCCCCCCCCUUAA